AAGUGUUCAAAUGUAGUAUUUGUAUUCUAGUGCAUGAAUAAGGACAGACCUGAGGGUUAGUGUGAUUACUGUAUCAAAUCACAAACAUAGAACUACUACUGCUUUACCAGAGGUGUCGACAUAAAACCAUUGAGUUUAACAAUGCAAAUAACAUUUUAAAUUUACAAAAUCGAAACAGGUGAUACGCUCUUUUUGCGAAUUGAGGAAAAUCACGUGAAUUGUUACAUCUUUUCAGAAAAAAAAACAUUAAGGAUAAUUUAAGUGAGACAAUAACGCAUGAAAAGAAAGAUGCAGGAAUGAAAAAUAUUGGUCGGAAACUGUAACAUUAGAUAAAGAAGCAUUGCGGUUUAAAUUGCAAGUGUUAUAGAAGUGUUAAGUAGCGUUUGUUCUUAGAAUGGAGGUGAACAGUGUACUUGUGACUGGAGCUAACCGAGGUCUGGGACUGGAGUUCGUGAAACAGUUUCUGUCCCUUCCUAACUCUCCAAAACACGUGUUUGCAGGAUGCAGAAAUCCAGACAAAGCAGAGGCUUUACAGGAUCUACAGAAAAUUCACAAAAACUUGACAGUGAUCUUAAUAGAUCUAAAUGACACGAGUAAACUUCAAGAAACAGUCAAGGUUGUCCAAGGAAAACUUGGUGAAGGUCAAGGACUGAAUAUUCUUCUUAAUAAUGCUGCUGUUGCCAGUGGCGACAAUCUAGAGAAAGUCAACCAAGAAUCGAUGAUCGACAACUUUAGAAUAAAUGCGGUUGGUCCAUUAAUGGUUUCAAAGGCUUUCCUUCCGUUGCUUCGGUCUGCGGCGUCACACGGAGGCUCUCUGUCUGUUACAAACGCAGCAAUAAUAAACAUCAGUACUGGUGUGGCCUCCAUAACUGAGAACGACACCGGUGGAGGUUAUCCCUACAGAACAUCAAAGGCAGCUCUGAAUAUGAUAACAAAGAACCUGAGUGUCGAUUUGAAGAAAGACAACAUUCUUGUUGCGGCAGUUCACCCAGGAUGGCUGAAGACAGACAUGGGAGGAACAAGGGCUACCAUGGAAACUGACGAGAUGGCGAAAAAACUCCUAGACCUAAUGGCAACCUUUCAGAGCGAGGAUUAUACUGGAAAGUUGUACCAUUUUAGUGGAAGAGUUAUGCCGUUCUGAUGU